AUGCAUCAGUGCAGUGGAGACGCUCAUACUGGUCUGCAGCACUAUGAAGAGCGUUACCAAAUUGUUGUGAACGGGGUCACGGACGUAUGGUACCUGCCAGAAGUGGCCCGAACUUUGACACCCCUGCUAGACAUUCUUAUCAGAGCCCCCACACUGAGGAGGGUGGUGCUGGUGGUUGGGAGUCAGCUGGCCCCCCUCGAUAUUGGAGUGCCGGGCAAGGUCUUUGCAGUGAUACUGCUAAACAGGAUCAUGGGUCCACUGCUCCAACACCAGCACAGGGUCAAGACACAUCCCCACAGCAUGAUGCUGCCACCAACGUGCUUCACCAUGGGGAUGGUUUGGGGAUGGAGCGAGGUUUUUGUCACGGAGUUUUUCACUGUGGGAGGAUGGGGAAACUACUACUACUACCUGAUCUUUGGCUCAGGAACCAGACUGUUUGUUUCUGCUAAUCAGUUGGUUAAGCCCGUGGUGAGGGUCUACCCUGCAGCAUCCAGAUCCCCGCCUGAGGAGAAGCGCUCCCUGCUGUGCGUGUCCUCGGCCAUGUUUCCUCCUCAGGUCAGAUUCACCUGGAGGAGACGACCAAAGAACAGCGGACGUUCAGAGAACCUGCCCUCCUCUGAUGGACGGCAGCUGAAGCUCAGAGAGUCUGGAUGUACGGCCUCCAUCUUAGCGGUGGAUCAGAGAGAGAGCGACUCAUAUGAAUACAGCUGCUCCGUGCAGCACAAGAGUGGAACAGUGGAGGCUCUGGCUCCAACAGCUUUUCUCCAAACUUCAACAUCACUGCCAACAUCUCCUCCAACAUCUCUUCCAACAUCUCCUCCAACAUCUCCUCCAACAUCCUCUCCACCGUCACCUUCACCAUCACUUUCACCAGCUCCUCCAUCUCCAUCACUUCCUCCAUCCCCGUCUCCAUCUGUGUCUGCAUCUGUGUGUCCGUCUCCGUCUGUGUCUCCGUCUGUGUCUGUGUACAAGCUGAGGCUGCUCCUGCUGCUCUACACGCUGCUGAUAGUGAAGAGUCUGGUCUACUGCUGUGGACUCUUCCUGAUGACCGUCCUCAGGAACAAGAGACCGUCCACAGACUGCAGACAGGCUGGGUGACUGUAACCAUCAUCAUCUCUUCAGUUCAUCUCAUUGACUACUAAUACUUAUUGUCAAUGAUGACUUUAUCUAAUUAGAAGUAGUCUGACAACAUUUAGUGGAAACAUUUUACAACAAGGUUCACAAAACUUGGUACAGCUAACAGGAAACCAGUGAUUAACUCCUCGCUGUGAUGCUCAACUUUAGAGUAACAAACACAAAAUGAACAUUUUAACACUUAUUGAAAAAGUGUACAGGAAGAUACUUAAAAUAAAUUACAAAUAUAAAAAAGCAGUAUCAAAUAGGUCAUAAAAGAUGAGAAAUUAAAUAAAGUGAUAAGUUCAUUGUGUGUAUUUUCCAGCAGGUUGUUCCUCUUCAACAGUGUUGAUGUAAAGUUGUACGCCGAUGAUUCUCUUGUUUAAAACUGUAAAAAUGAAAAUGUUACACAGCAGCUUCAUCAGAGGAGAUGAACACUGAAUGUUCACAAUAAUAGCCUGUGUUUCUAUUAUUUUAUUUUAUUUUAUAGAUCAUGUUUGCUUUGGUUUCAGCUGUGAUGUCAAAUGUACUGUUUUUCUGCUUUUAUUGAAACCAUGUGUAAAUAUUUCUAUACAGAAUCA